GCAAAUACGAUCUGUUAAGCAAAUGACCACCUGAAAGUUCCAAGUUCACUCAACAAAUCUUCAUCUAUCAUCAUACUUCAAGCAUAAAACUCACGAUGCUCCAAAUGUCUUCACUUUCUCUCAGUUCGUCACCAACCAUUGUUCUCAUCACAAUCUUCCACUGCCAUUCAAAAUGACAACCUCAUCACAACCGCCCUUCUCUCCACACCAUUUCCACCGCAUAACAAACACUUCGAACCCCUCCAACCCCACCCUCGACAUCAUAAACGAUGCCGGCAGACAAAACAGUACCGGUCUCCUCAAACUAACUCGCGAAGGGUACUACUCUGGCCAAUACUGGUCAUUCACCCCUUCAGGUACACCUCAUUGCCCUCCCCAAGCCAGCGAGCCAUCAAGAGAUACGACCUCCACCUCCAACACCACCUACCGCAUCCGAACAUGGUGGCUGGGGCCAAACCGGCAACUCGAUGUCUACGAAGAUGACACGUCGAAAGCGGUGCUGAGGCGGGCGGACGCUACUGAUACAGCAAAUGCGCUGGACUGGAGUGUCGGACAGUGGGAAGAUGGUACGUGGUGGAUUGGGAAUGAAGCGAGUGGUGUGUUGAAAGUCUUGGAUGUUGGCGAGAGGGAGGAUAGGAGGGAGGUUGUGUUGAGUGAGAAAGACGAGGGGAGGAAGACGCAGAGAUGGAGAGUUGAGGUUAUUAGGGAGAUUCUUGAACAGGAGUAUCAUGAAAGACCUAUCACUCCGACUCCGGAGUAGGCGAUGCAGUCCUGAAUGGAUUGCUAGUAGUGGACUUGGGUGUUUGACUUGCAAUGGACACAGCAACUUAUUGAUCUUGGUCGUUCAGUUCGUUUCUAUUUCAUCUAUUUAUUUACACAUUAUUGAUGCAACCUACGUUUAUG